AUGGUCUUUGACCCCAAGAAACGAUCGCACCUCGAACAAAACCCCAUCAUCAUCGAAGUCGACGGCCUAGAACACAAAUUCUCCUCAAUCGACCGGUUCAAGGGUAUCGAGAACUCCAAGAAGGCAUUGUCCAAAGCCCUGGACAACAUGCAUAGUGCUGAGGAUUGGGCGAACUUGGCCACGCUCUUGGCCGGCUACAAAAAAGCAGGCAUAAAGCUGAAAGCCAACCACUGGGGCAAGAUUGUGCGAGUCGCAGGAACAAAAGGGCAUAUCUUCGCAGUCAUUGAGUGCGCGAAACAAUCCGACAAGACGGGUUUCGUAUUCCGGACUCCCGAAAUGGUUGUCCGAGUCCUCGCUUUUGUAAACGACAAAAUCACGGAGAGCGCCUGGGAUGCGAGCGAAACAAAGCAGGCGCUGAAGUGGGCGGAGGCGGUGUUGGAUCUGUUACAGAGGCCAGAGCAUGCGGUGUCGUCUCAGCGCACACGGGAGAGGCUACAUUUUUCGCGACUUGUUCGAGGAAUGACGGUGUUUGCGCGAGCUUCCGCAGUCAAGGUUGGCCAGGCCGCGGAGCGGGAUAUCAACCUGCUCCGUGAUGAGGUCGCACUCUUGUCCUCCCUUUGGGAAGAUGCCGUGAACAAGGAUCUCUCGGAAGUUCCUGAAUUCGCCAACCUUAACCCAUUGGUGGAGAGAAACGCUAGCGACAAUGGCAACCAUAUCCCCGAAGCCCUCAACGGGAGUGCCUACAUCCAGGUGCUUACCCAAAACAUUAGAGGCAUUGAGCUGGCCCAAGAAGUGCUAGGAGGCGAUGCCGAGUCGUUGUCUCCUAUCCUCAAUUCCCUAAAGUCCCACCUGCAAGACUUUGCAGCCAAGAGCGAGACUAGAACAGAGGCCUGGGCAGAAGAGUACGAGAAAGUCAUGGGCAGCAAACCCAACUGGCCAGCAGUUGCAGCCCCGGCCGCAGGAGCAUAA